CUGAAUCGUGCCUCCACUGAAAAGCUGUUCUGCGGCUGACAGGAUCAGAGGGCACUGCUGCGAAGCCCAUGCAGCUCCAGUCCAUGGACAAAUCUGGCUCAUCUCUAGCCAAUAGACCUGCUAUUAUCGACAAGGGAAUCAAACACGCAAAGUGAUUCUUCUUUGCCUUGGUAUACAAUAGAAGCCCUGCCUGAGAUGUAUGGACAGAACCCUAACUGGUUGUGGUCGAACGGGGUGCCUCUACGCCACCAAGGGCACCUGGUCAGACUUGGCUCAGCAACCCUGAGGCAAUGGGAGGAUGAAGAAGAAGGAAAAGAGGAAGAACAUGCAAUUUGGACCAGGGAGCAUCCAGCAAUCUGUUGCUAUACUACAAAUGGCCAUGGCCUCACCCAAGAGUGUGUUCAGAACCACUGGGGCUGGGCUGGUACCGAGAGUCCCUUUGGCCCUGUCUACACAGACCUAGUUAGCAUCCAAAGCCAGAGUGACACAGGGCUAGAUGCCCCUGAAAUGUGGAUGGAUGUCCCCCCACACCAGCCUUCCUUGGGUGGGGCUGAUGGAGAAGAAUCAUCCCAGCAUUGUUUAGACAGUCAAUGGGGGAGCCACAGGACAGAGGGCCAUGGCUGUGUUUGUGUGCAUGGACCAAGUGAACCAGGAAGAUGUUGCCACAGUUGGGCUGGUUCCCCUCUCUUCAAUUUCAGAAGUAAGAUGAGGAAGACAAUAAUGGUAGGAGUCGAGGUGGAAAUAGUGGAGGAAGUAGCCUAUGAGGACACAGAGACACUUGAAGUAAUAUCAGAAGGAGUCUAUCCAAAUUAUUUGAUGGAAAACAUAUUGCUGCACGAUGACCAGCUUUUCCCCACCUAAACCUGCAUUCCUUCAAAAGUUGUUUGCAAGGGAACUUUCUGUGUUUUUAAAUGUCAGCCUUGAUGUUUGAAUGUAUUUUAAAUGUAUUGAAAUGUAGUUUAAAUAUUAAAAAUGUAUUUUAAAUACCAUUUAAAGGCCUUUUAUAUGUUCGUGUUAUGUAAGUGACGUUACAUUAAUUAAAAAAACAUUUACCCAAUAAAAUAAGAAAACCUUU